AUGGCAUAUCCCGAGUUUAGCGACCCCGCCACUCUUCUUAGAGAUGCCAUAUCGUUUGAUGGCGUUCCGGAGGACCUGGUGCCGUCUGGCUUCGUCGAGUCUCGCAUACGGCAGCUCAACACCAUAUCGAGCAAUGACAACUUAGAUGUCCAGAAUUUGCCAUAUACUACGAAUACGCGCGAUGGUGCAUAUCUUUGCAGCCCAGCCUGUCCGCGGACGCGGGUCGAAGUGUCUGCUUCACCUCCAGUGGGACAUUCGUACCCAGGCUUGAGGAUCAAUGACAACCAUAACGAUGACAACGGAGUUGCUUGGGAGGUUGCGUCGACAAGUGCUCACAUGUUUAACGUCAGGCCGAGCUUGAGAGCCUCGAGAUCGAGCAAUUCAUUGGGAUUUCAAAGUCCAACUCGAGAUCCCAGCCGGUUCCGAAGUCUGUACAGGUCAAAUCGGACUGCCAACGAAGUCAAUGACGCGAGACCAGGCUUCAAACUUUCCAGACGUUCUCACCCGAAUCUCCAAGCAUCAUAUUCGAGUAUUCGGUCUAGACAGAAUGCCCCUGAAAGCUCUAGAAAGGAGCAGCAAGAUGUAUUGGAAAUGUUUGACAUGUAUGGAGUCUCACGACCAGAGGGUUGGCUGUCAGAUGAGAAAGAUCGACAGCAGGCAUUGGGAAUGAAAACCGUCCAUGUCAUCGUCUAUCUCAUUCGAAGAGCCGUGACUCUAUCACGGGAUAUCCUAGAGAAAGCCAACUGGGACAUGCUGAGGCGGAAAGACAAGCACGCCAAAAAUUUCGACAUGAGCGCCGACAUCGCCUGGAGAAAUCCUAUAGCGAAAUGGCCAUCUCUGAGCAGUGUUCUGAUUGUCCGACUUGCCAUGAGGCAUGUUAUUGACCAGACGAAUAAAAGCACCGAAGAAGAUACAUAUAAGAUCUCCAAAGAUUCCCCUAAAACGGCUGUACAGACUCUGAAAGGGCUUCUCAGCCUGCACACUUUGGAUCAAGAUACCUUUUGGACUUGUUCAGAGGAUCCAGCAACGUCCCAGAGUCCCACUCUGCCUCACACGACCCAUGGUAACCGGAAUACACCGAAACUUAUCCUUGAAGGAGCUUCCCAUGAAAGCAUAGACUCGGCAGAUCUAGAAAGAUAUCAGACAUCACCACCGGACAAGGCUAUUUGGAAAACUCCGACAAUUCGUAUCUCGCCAGCUGGAGAAUACAAUGACGCACCGGAGCUUCAGCAAGACGUCAGAUAUGAUGAUCAGAUGGGAAACACUGGGGAGAAACAACGUCAAGAGUUAUCAUAUGGGAGCAUGGGAUCGGCUGUUAGAAAGGCAAAUGAUUGGACUCCAAAAAUAUCGGAAAAGGGGCUCGGAUCGCAAGAUUCGUUGAGGAAAGCCACCAACGCAAGCAAGAGUCCCCAGCGAAGCAUUGAGUCUUCUGAUCCUUCAACAUGGAAACAACAACUAAGGAAGAUCAACGACACACCGGAAUUGAUGAGUAAUUCCCCGAGGAAGGAGUAUACAUUGUUGGCCUCUGGCUCUCAAAGGGAUCUUAACCAGUUUACAGCAGAAAGAAACCAGGCAGGAGACGUUAUGAAAGAGCCGACGAUUCCUCCCGUUACCCCUAAAAGCGACUCCGAGAUUUCCCUAAGUCGCCACGUCUGCGAGUGGCGCUCACGGUAUUUGGGGCUUAGUGAUGCAUUCGAUAAGCUCAAAAUCGAACUGGAUAUUGCACUGGAACACCAAGCGAGUUAG